GCUCAGUACAAAUUAAUUAUGCACACUAUCUCUCUUCUUUCUGCUUAUGAGUAUAUAUACAUGUGUAUAUUACACUCUCUUGUUGCACUACUACACAGUUAGCUUUGCUAGCUAGCUUAAGGGUUUUUUUCUUCUUCUCUGCUGGUUUUGUAUGUUUAUACUGGCAAAAUGGGCCUUGUAACUGGUCACCGUGUUGUGGGGGCUCUCUUGUGUGCUUUUCUUCUGAAUGCUUUAGUUGUGGCUGAUCAUGUUACUACUGGUGACAAAGACGAUAAGCAUUUGUUGGGUCGUCCCCAUUUGUUGAAGAAGGGGUUUAUACACGGCCGUAGGUUUGGUGGUGGCGGCAUAGGAGGUGGUGCAGGUGGAGGACUUGGUGGUGGUAUUGGAGGUGGUGUGGGUGGUGGCUUUGGUGGAGGUGCAGGGGGUGGCGGCAGCCUUGGAGGUGGACUCGGUGGUGGUGCGGGUGGUGGAUUUGGUGGAGGCGUAGGGGGUGGCGGCGGCCUUGGAAGUGGUGCAGGAGGUGGAUUCGGUGGUGGUGAUGGUGGAGGCCUUGGAGGUGGUGGAGGCCUUGGAGGUGGUGGUGGUCUAGGAGGAGGUGGUGGCCUUAAAGGUGGACAUGGUGGCGGUCUAGGAGGUGGCAUUGGUCAUGGUGGUGGUUUAGGUGGUGGUAUUGGACAUGGUGGCGGUCUAGGAGGUGGCAUUGGUCAUGGUGGUGGUUUAGGUGGUGGUAUUGGACAUGGUGGCGGUCUAGGAGGUGGCGGUGGACUAGGAGGAGGUGCUGGAGGUGGUCUAGGUGGUGGACAUGGUGGAGGUCUUGGUGGGGGCGGUGGAGCUGGUGGCGGUCUAGGAGGUGGCGGUGGACUAGGAGGAGGUGCUGGAGGUGGUCUAGGCGGUGGAGCUGGUGGAGGUCUUGGUGGGGGCGGUGGAGCUGGUGGAGGGCUAGGUGGUGGUGGUGGACUAGGAGGAGGUGCUGGAGGUGGUCUAGGCGGUGGAGCUGGUGGUGGCGGUCUAGGAGGUGGCGGUGGACUAGGAGGAGGUGCUGGAGGUGGUCUAGGCGGUGGAGCUGGUGGAGGUCUUGGUGGGGGAGGUGGAGCUGGUGGAGGGCUAGGUAGUGGUGGUGGACUAGGAGGAGGUGCUGGAGGUGGUCUAGGGGGUGGAGCUGGUGGAGGGCUAGGUGGUGGAGCUGGCGGUGGAGCUGGUGGAGGGCUUGGUGGUGGUGGAGGGCUUGGAGGUGGAGGUGGAGCUGGUGGAGGGCUUGGUGGUGGUGGUGGGCUUGGAGGUGGAGCUGGUGGUGGAGCUGGUGGAGGAGGUGGUUUAGGUGGCGGUGCAGGUGGCGGUGGAGGAUUUGGGGGAGGUGGUGGUGUUGGUGGAGGUGUUGGAGGAGGGUUUGGAGCUGGUGGUGGUGUUGGUGGUGGACUAGGUGGCGCCGGUGGAGGUGGUGGGUUUGGAGGAGGUGGUGGUGGUGGUCACUAAAAAUUAAUCAAGUCCUUAAUGUGCUUUGCAGCAGAGAAGGAAGGAAGAACAAAGAAGAAACGUUCUUGUUUAUCACCACGAGCCACUACGAAACCUAAUGCACUAGAUGUUUCACUUUCUAGUUUAUGUUACUUAAAAGGGUGUUUACAGUUCAUUCUUUCUCAGCAUUCUGGACUGGAAAUGGUUGAUCAUACUGUUCUAGUACGUCCGUCGUAACUCGUGAUAUAGUUUUCUCUUCAUGCAUAUCAUGGUGGAAUCUUUGUAAACCAUAACCAUGCAUGUAUUUUGUAUUUUGUAUCAUCUGAAGAUCAAUGCAGAAAUAAUCAAAUUAAGUUGUACCCAA